AUGGAAGCCAUUCAAGACAGAAUUAGCUUGACGUCUUCUUUUCUCAAGAAUACUAAGGGAAUUCGCAUGGCUGGUUUAUCACGAUACUCAUCAUCUAGUGUUGAUGAUUUGCGUGUGGAAGAGCUUGCCAAGUCUAGGCCAUAUAGAAUCAAUGCGACCGUCAGGAAUAGUAUUAGCGUUCUGCCUGAGAUAAUAUCCCCUACGGCCGCAUUGAUCAUAUAUGUUGCUACUAAGUCAGGUGAAAGCUCACUUGAUGCAGUAACCGCAUUCUCGACCCUGUCACUUAUCACGCUUCUUAGCAAGCCAAUCAUGAAUUUCAUUGGAGGAAAUCAAUCUUGCUCUAGGAUAUCACUGAAGGAAAAUGUCCCGAGAAAUGAGAAAAGUAAAUCAUCUUACAAAAGCCUAAUAGAGGUCAAGAAUGCCUCUUUUUACUUCCAAGAAAACGGACGUUCUAUACUACAGCGCAUAUCCAUUUCAAUCGAUAGAGGGAACUUCUUUAUGCUCAUAGGGCCAAUCGGCAGCGGCAAAAGUGUAUUCUUAUUAGCUCUCCUUAGUGAAAUGAUCAGAAAAGGAGGGUCAGUAGGAAAAGCUCCUGAUCUUGGGAUUGUAUAUUGCUCCCAAGAGCCGUGGCUACCAAAUUUGCCCGUCUAUGAGAUUAUCUUGGGUAUUUCAAGCUUUGACCACGUGUGGUAUAACCAGGUGACGAAUGCGUGCGAUCUCAACUCAGAUUUUGCUUCUCUACCACAAAAAGACAUGACAGUUCUAGGUAGUCGAGGUGCUAGUCUUAGUGGAGGUCAAAAACAACGUAUUAGCUUAGCGAGAGCCAUUUAUUCUCGCAAAGAGCUACUUCUCCUAGAUGAUGUUACCAGUAGUCUUGAUGCAGCUACAGAGCGUACUGUUAUUUAA